AUGCCCGGGAAAACGUCGUUGCGUGUUGGACCCGAUGGGGUUGCCGUCGUCACCAUCAACAACCCACCUCUCAAUCUGCUCUCUGUUGACGUGAUGCUUAGCUUGAAGGAGAAUAUUGAGGGGGCUCUAUUGAGAGAUGACACGAAAGCCAUUGUAAUUACCGGUGUCAAGGGAAAAUUUUCUGCUGGAUUUGAUGUGACAACAUUUGGUGGUCGUCGAGAGAAAAAGGAGAAAAAAGAGCUGGGGUUUAUGUCAAUUCAUAUUGUGACCAAUACUUUGGAAGCUGCGAGAAAGCCUGUUGUAGCUGCUAUUGAAGGCCCUGCUUUCGGUGGUGGACUGGAAAUUGCACUUGCAUGUCACGCUCGCAUAGCGACUCCCUCUGCACAAUUAGGCCUUACAGAGCUUCAGUAUGGGAUUCUCCCUGGUUUUGGAGGUACACAAAGACUUCCACGACUUGUGGGCCUUAGGAAAGCUCUCGAAAUGAUUCUGAUGUCGAAACGAGUAGAUGGUGAGGAGGCUCGAAAUAUGUCCCUUGUGGAUGCCUUAGCUCCUGCAGAUGAGCUUCUUGGAGUAGCUUGUCAGUGGGCUCUGGAUACAUUUGAGUGUAGAAAACCAUGGAUGAUUAGUCUUUACAGAAACGACAAAUUAGAACCCCUGAGAGAAGCUAGAGCAAUACUUAAGUCAUUCCGCCAGCAAGUCCAGAAAGAUAAUCCAAAUGUUGUUCACCCUUUAGUAUGUAUCGAUAUCAUUGAACAUGGAAUAAUUUGCGGCCCUCAUAAUGCCCUAUGGAAGGAAGCAGAAGCUCUUGAAGAACUUCGACAAUCUAAUACAUGCAGGAGCCUUAUACAUGUAUUUUUCGCUCAGCGUGAAGUUCUGAAGAUCCCUGAAAUAUCUAGGAUGAACCUUCGGCCAAGAAAAAUAGAGAAGGUUGCUGUCAUUGGUGGGGGAUUAAAUAGUUGCGAAAUUGCUACUUUGUUGGUCCUCAGAAAUUACCAAGUCAUUCUGAAGCUGGAUAAUAAGAAGAAUCUGUUGGAGGAGAUCGGCAGAGUGAAAGAAAAUUUGCAAAUUCAUGUCGAGAAUGGGAAGGCAACUCAAGUAGGCGUUGAGAAAGCUUUCAAUCUGUUAGCUGGUGCUCUUGAUUAUGAGAACCUCAAAGAUAUCGAUUUAGCUAUAGAGGCUGAAUCUGAAAAUUUACCAUUAAAGCAAGAGAUUUUGGCUGAACUCGAGAAAUCUUGUUCUCCACAUUGCAUUUUUGCCACCAAUACCUCAAGAUUCAGCUUAAAAUCGAUUGGAGAAAGAAGUAAAUCCCAGAAUCAGAUUGCCGGGAUCCGUUUUUGCCUCCAGCCAGUAACACCUCUUAUGGAAAUAGUUCGUACAGAGAGUACAUCACCUCAAGUAAUAGUUGAUUUAACAUAUUUCGCAAGAAAAAUUCGUAGAACCCCAAUUAUCAUCCGUGACAGGAAAGGCUAUUCAGUCGACAAUAUGUUGGUUGCAUAUUUGCAUUCGGCAUUAUUAAUAGCUGAACACGGUGUGGAUGUUUACCGGAUUGAUCAGACUCUUCAAAGCUUUGGAAUGCAAUUGGGUCCAUUCAGAAUGAUUGAUAUAGUUUCAUUUCAAGAUUUCAAGGUGACAGGUGACAAAUUUGUCGAGAAUCUCCGGGAUAAAUCUUACAGGCCAAAACUGAUUAAAGUUUUACAACACGAAGGACUUCUGGGUGAAUGUAAUGGUAAGGGAAUCUAUGAAUAUGACAAUCAUGGCAAGGCUAGCCCAAAUCCAAAGAUUAUGGACUACGUUCGAAAAGCUAGGACUGACUUGAAUAUGACCAGCGACCUCAAGAUGACAAACUUGUCUGAGGAAGAGAUGAUCGAGAUGAUCUUAUUUCCCGUUCUAAACGAAGCAUGCCGUUUAAUCUCCGAAGGCAUUGUAAUAAGGUCAUCUGAUCUUGAUGUUGCCUCGGUCCUCGGAAUGGGGUUCCCAUCAUACAGGGGAGGAAUUAUUUACUGGUCCAAUUCAUUUGGGCCAAAUUAUGUAUAUUCAAGAAUGGUGACUUGGUCAAAUGAAUAUGGAGGGUUUUUCAAGCCUUGUGACUAUUUGAGGGAGCUAUCUGCAAAUAGGAUAUCUCUGGGAAGAGAAACAAAGCAGCACAAGCCAAAGUUGUAA